GUAUAUCCGAAUAGUUGGGACUCACAACACAGUGAACAAGAUUUUCCACAUUGUGGCUUUUGAAUGUAUGUUUACAAACAAAACCUUCACUCUGGAGAAGGGCCUAAUAGUUCCUAUGGAGAAUGUUGCAACAAUUGCCGAUUGUGCCAGCGUGAUUGAAGGAGUCAGUCGCAGCCGAAAUGCCUUGCUGAAUGGGGACACUAAGAAUUAUGACUGGGAUUCUGGCUAUACGUGUCACCAGCUGGGAAGUGGUGCAAUUGUGGUUCAGCUGGCACAGCCAUACAUGAUUGGAUCAAUACGGUUGUUACUCUGGGACUGUGACGAUCGAAGCUACAGUUACUACAUUGAGGUUUCCACCAAUCAGCAGCAGUGGACCACGGUGGCUGACAGAACCAAAGUGUCCUGCAAGUCCUGGCAAUCAGUCACUUUUGAAAGACAGCCUGCCUCCUUCAUCCGAAUCGUUGGAACACACAACACAGCAAAUGAGGUAUUCCACUGUGUCCACUUCGAGUGUCCGGAGCAGCAGAGCAGCCAGAAAGAAGGAGGCAGUGAGGAACCGGGCACAGGGGACCCCAGCACCCCCAGCCAGCAGCUUGACCCUCAUGUGCUUCAAGCACCCAGUGCCAGCUCACUACCCCCGAGUCCGGGCCCCAACUCCGGCUCACCCAACCAACAGCACCAAUAAAGGAGGCAGAGGAUGUGGUGUGACUUGGGCGGGCCUGGGUGGGGCAGGAGUAUGCCCUCCCCAUCCCCAGGAGCGGCAGACCUGGCUGCAAAAGGCACCCCUGCCAGGUUUUACCCCUCAUGGACAGAAGGGCACCCAUGCUCUCCCAGUCUUCAGGCAGUCUCCAAGGGCAGGAAGCGGGUCUUUCUUCAAUUCCACCAUCAGUUCCUACCUCUAAUGUUAACAAGGUACCAGGCCCAGGCUCAAUACAAAAAGGAACCCUAGACCUUGACAAGUCUGGGGAAGCCCUAACUCUGGAGUGUUCCCUCUGUGGCGCCAGUGCCCUGGCUACUUGGUGGUUUGUAGUUGUGUAGUUUGUCUCCGUUUGCUAAGUCAUGGGUGUUGCAGGCUUGUGGAGCUGCUCCAGCCCUCUGCAGCUGCAUGGGUCCUCCUCAGUCCCCAAUGCUUGCACGUGGGCAGAGCAGAGGCUGUCCCUCCUAAAUGAGACCAGAUGCAGCUCAUCAUGGCACUUAGCCUGACCAGAAAAACCCUUGCAGGUCAACCAGACACACAAUGUGCAAAUCAAUCCUGUGGACACUGGAGUUAAUAAUUGAUCAAAUUGCCGCAUUAUUAACCUGUCAUCCCUGAUGUGUGCAAACCUUCCAGCCUGGGAGGCCGGCGUGGAAGCAGCUACCGUGCCAGCUGCUAGGGGGCCAUUGAGACGCCUGUGUAAAGGAGACGCUGCCCAGUCCUAGGCUGACCCUGCUGGGCCCCAUGGCUCACCUGCCUGGUUUGCCAACAGAUGGGGUGUCAGGAGCACAGUCCCCCCAGUGUCAUCCACCUGGAGACGGUGACGAACAGCUCUUGGGAAUUUUCAUCUUUGACUACUGCAGCUCUGCCUGCCCCCUCUGUCCCUUCCAUGCACAGCCCCAGCUUCUGCGCCUCCCUGCAGCAUCCUGAGGCCCUGUGAGGAGGGUGGGGCUUCAGGUGUGUCCUGAUCUAGAAAUGAAAGGAUGGACUUAAUUGGAAUGGGUUGUCUACACUGAGGAGGUGGCAGCAUGGAGCCUCAAAGUGCAGUGGAGGUUACCUCCCUGAGAGUUCAGGCUCAGGGUGACAGCUGGUCCUGAGGCAGACAGUCCACACUCCAAAACCGGCUCCAUUGCUCUGUGUGUGUGUGUGUGUGUGUGUGUGUGUGUGUGUGUCUGUGUCUGUGUCUGUGUCUGUCUGUCUCUGGUAAGAAGGCUCCUAAGGAUGGAUAGCAGGGUGCAGCCACUGUGUGCUGUGCUGCUUUUGGCAGCAUCCUGUCCCAGUCAGCCUGGAGAACUGCCCACUGAGCAUCUCCAGUGAGCAGGACCCACUGCUGUGGUCCUGUGGACGCUCGGGUUUGUGUCUUUGGGAAGGUAAUAUGUGAGGGCUUGUUUGUUUUGUUCUUAUUCAGUUAUUUGCUUAAGACAGAGCCUUCCUCCGUAAAUAACCUAGGCUGGCCACACUCAUGGCAAUCCUCCUGUUUCAGCACCUUGAGUUCUGGGCUUAUAGUUAGGAGGUAGCACAUUGCUGCCAUAAAGUCUUCUUCAUCAACAUGGAAAGCAGGUGCAGGUUCAGGCCUGGCAUCCAGCAGCCUCCCUGGAGGGUGGGGCUGAGCUGGCAGGAAGCCACAUUGUGGACCCCAGAUGCCACCAGACACACCUAUCAUGCUGGGCCCCAGGCACUGAGUGCUCUUGGCAGCCCAUUCCCCACCAUCCCAGAUCCACACCGCGUGGCUUCCUGUCUCGUUUUGGACAGUAUUGCAUAUUCAGGCUGUAAGACUCUGGUUCCUGUCAGUGUCGGCAUCACCAUUGCCCUCCAUCAAAGCUACAGGUGGCAGAGGGGAGUUCUGAGAGCCAUGGCAAGCCCUCAGCCAUCUGAGCUGAUCCUGUGGCUGCCCUUGGAAAGCCUUUCCCAGAUUGAUGUCCUCCUUAGGGUGCAGGAGGACACUGGCUGUCUUGCCUCCAGGCAUGGAGCUCACCCUUGGCUGGUGGGCAUGCCACAUCUAAGGUAAGGGCCACAUUUCCAGAGGACAGAGCCUGGCUUGUCCCCUGCAGGAUUGAGUGUUGAGCUCAAGUGCUAACAGCAAGGUAGGUUGGCUGGAACUCGGAUCCUCCCCCCAAGCACCAUACUGGUGGAUUCUGGCUCUUAGGACCCUUUGGGUGCCAAGGAGCCAUAGUCAAAGCUCCCUCAGCCCUGCCCCUUUAGGGCAACAGUGUGAACACAGCCAAGUGGGCUCAGCUUGGCAAAUGUGGCUACUGUGUGAUUCAGCCUCUGCUGCUAGCUGUGAAGUGAUGCCUGCUCCCAGGCAAACUGCCCAUCCUUUGAUCAUGUGCUUUAGGAUGGCAGAUGUCCUCAUUGGGGCUUUUGGAAGAAGUGUUCAGUGUCACCCACAGGGACUCCUGGGGGACCAUUUGGGGUGCUGGGCAGAGCACUUUGGGCUAUGGGGUGGGCUCAAAGGCAGCUGAUCUCUGUAUAGUAGUCACAGGUGGUCUCACACUCAGGCUCAGAGUCUCCUAAACCCUCAGUACUUUCCCCUGUUGUGAUUUUAAUGGAGUUACAAGCCAUUGUAACGUGGGAUCUCCUCAAUGGCUCUCUCAGCUGUCACGUUUCCACUCUUAUUAAAUGAAGUGUCAAUCCCUGACAAAUA